CCCUAAUGGGAUAAGCGGUCAAGAUAAUGGAUGGAUGGAUGGAUUCAUAUCACAUGACAUUUUCGACAGAAUGGCUUUACAUGGUUUUACCUCUCAAACGCUGGCGAUGGUAUAGAAGCAAAUGAAUUAGACGAAAUAGAGCAGACUGUCCUAGCUCAACCAGGUGUUUUUAAUUAGAGCGCCCAUGUGGGGGCUUUUCACAGCAGCAACUCAAAGGGAGAAGUGGGCGAUCCCUCAGAUGGAGUAUGCCAUGAAAUCUCUCAGCCUUCUGACUCCAAAUUCCCUCUCCAAGUGUGUGGCUGCAAGUGUCUCAGCCAGUGCCUCCAUGACCCAGCAGCUCCUGGCUGGUCGGGGUCCUCGGCCAAAGCCCUUCAGGGUCACUAAUGCUGACCGCAGUGUGAAGAAGGGCAUCAUGGCGGACACACUGGAGGACCUGAUGAACAAGGCCAGUGAUUCGUUCAGCGUGCCGUGUGUUAGUGCUCUGCUGUUGGAUGAAGACGGCACAGGUGUGGACACUGAGGAGUUCUUCCAGACCCUGCCUGAAAAUGCUGUCCUCAUGGUGCUGGAGAAGGGCCAGAAGUGGACCCCAAACCAAAACAGCCCCUUCAAAGAUCAGCUUACUGAGUGCAAGCAGCACCACCGGACAGAUGUGGCCAAGCUGACCUUAGACCUUUACAAGAACAACCCCAAUGAUUUCAUUGGCUGCUUGAAUGUGAAAGCGACCCUGUAUGGCGCCUAUUCCUUAUCCUAUGACCUGCGCUGUUAUGCUGCCAAAAGAAUGCUGAAGGAGGCUCUGCGAUGGACCAUCUUCUCCAUGCAGGCUACGGGCCACAUCCUGCUGGGCUCCUCCUGCUACAUCGAGCAGCUGCUGGUUGAGGAUGAGCAAGCAGAGAAAAGCCUUGCACUGCCACAGGAGAGCAGGAUCAGGCAGCUGCAAGGGAUGCUGCUAGGAAAGAUAUCUCACUGAUGAUGGACGACACUUUUCACUCUAAAAUUUAAGACAUAAUGUAGACAAAACAGCUGUUCUCUGCCUGUUCAUGUUACCUUUGCAGGUUGAAGACAUUUCAGACUUUUCGGUCACAUCUGCUCUGUUACAUUUCAUUACAACAUUUUUACAUGGAAGUUUUUCCACAGAAAGCACUUUAACUCACUAACUUUAUCCUUUGAAAAUGAAUAAAACAAAUUAUUUUUA